AUGCCUGGCUUUGAGUAUUCCUCAAGCCCUCCAUCAACACCAAAUAGAAGCACCAAUAGUAGAUACAGUUUUGGAACUUCAAACAAUCCAUCGACUACGCCAGCUGGAGCCCCCGCUUCAUCAGCUGGCUCUUAUACUCCUGCCGGUCCAGCACCAUCAUCAUUUCUUGGAAGCACGAUGGGAAGCCCAACACCCAACAAGUCUGCUUUUGGAUACUCGGAAUAUUCACAGCAAUCAGACUUCGGCCACUCUCAGUCAGAUUUUGGUCAUUCUGAGCUCCAAAGUCCACAAUUUUCUUCUCCUCUUUUCACGCGACCAGCGGCAAGACAGCAAAAAGUGGUGUUUGGAAGCAAAUCUCAAAAGUCGCAAAGGAAUUUACGAUCGCCAUCGAGAAGUGAAGAGGAAGAUGAAGAGGAAUAUGAUGAAAAUACUGGAUUUGAUACAAAAACUCGUAAUCGCUACGCAGAUUCAUACAAUGAUGACCAAGAUAUGGGGAGUGAAGAUGUCAGCUACGAGGACGACGAUCUGAACGAUCAUCGAGGAACAAAGGCAAUGGACAGCAAUAUAUUUAAUCAGCACAGCAAUUCAGUUCGGUUUGCCAGCACAUCUGGCGGACAGAUGCGCCAGAGUAAGGGGAACGAACUGGUGGAUUUCCAAGUUUCUUUGGCGCAAUCACAGGGAAAAAAGGUACCAGCUUCGGAUUUUGCUAGUAUUGCGAAAACCUUAUCUCAAAGCGAGGGAAUUCCAGCUGUUGACGAAGAAGACGAUUUAAUAUUAAAGACGGAGGCGAUAAUUACAAAGCUCUACGAACAGGGUGUGGGGAAGACUGAUAAUGAGGAAAAACUCCAGCGUGCUCUAGGAGUUAUACCUAGCGAGUUAACGGCGCUGUGGCAGGAGUACAGCGAACGAGGUGUCAUUUACAACGAAAAAGAGUACGCUCUAUUCAUUGGCCCAGGUCCAGCAGCAUCAGAUUUUGCGAAAGCUAAUUACCUGGCUCAUCUUGCAUUGCAAAUACAUCACUCUAAACCGGUGGAAAAAGGGCUUGAAACUGUGGUCAAACCUCUUCCCAACACUAUGCUAGAUUGGCUAGAAGUAAAUCAUGACCCAUUUCCACAUCAACUUCAGGAGGUCCAAUCCACCAGACCAGGCCCUGCUUCGCAUCGCUUAUUUUGGACCACAGUACUUAACAACGUUGUCCGUGGAAGACUCAUUGGUGCUAUCAAUUGCCUCAAAAGUGCCGGUUGGAGGUACUCAUGGUCAGAUGCAGAGGAUAUCAAUGCUCAAGGCGGAGCAGGUGGCUUCACUGGGGUAGCCUUGACUAAUGUUGAAAAAGUAAUGGAAGAUGCGGUCAAUGUUCUGUCUUUAUGCCCUGCAAUACAGGGAGACUGGAAUAUUCAUGGGAGUGAUUGGAAAGUAUUUCGACUUAGGAUAUCACAGGCCACGGAGGAUUUAAAACAAUUCGCAGAAGGGAGCUCUCACCCUGCAUCGGGACGAUCUGGCAAGUCUUCCAUGAGAGGUAGUCAAGGUGGAGAUUAUAGUACCCUUGCAAAGAGAGCUGCAAGUAGGGUACCUUGGAAUAUCUACCAGAAUCUACUUACGCUUUACAGUUUGGUUAUGGGAGAGACUAUUCCUAUUAUUGAAAACUCCCAGGAUUGGUGUGAAGCAACCAUUGGUUUCAACGAUAUGGUUGAGGUGGGAUUAGCUUGCUUAUUUCAAGGUGACACUGAAUCCCUCAUCUGUAUUUUGCGUGCUUGGUCCGGACCUGUGUCUUCAGCUUUAGCUGAGGUUGCAUCAUUGGCCGGUUGGCUUCCUCGCACUGAACCACAAGAACUCCUCACAAACGGCGAACUUGACCAAGGAGAUCUUGAUCUUCUGAGUUUUGACAAACCAGCAUUACAGGAUGGUGUCAAAGAUCUUACAUUGAUUAUAUAUGCAAGGUCAUUACAAGAAGUGCCAGAGUUAUCUGCCGUGAUUGGAAACAUCGAGGUAACCAAAGAAGGCUGGGAACUAGCGAUCGCUAUACUGGGUAGGCUUGACUCGGAAAAAAGAUCGGAAGAAAUGGUUGGGGAGAUCAUGAAAACAGUCAAGCUCGAUAGUGCUGGGAUCGUCGAUAAGCUUUGGCGACUACUCAAUGAUCUUGACAUGAGGUCUCAGGCUGAGGCGAUUGCAAUGUCAUAUGCCGAUUCGCUUGCCCGAGACAAUAUUUCACCUGGUGAAGCCUUGUGGUAUUAUGCAUUGGCUCAUAAUUCUGAUAAAGUCAAGGACGUUCUUGAUACCCUCAUUCAACUAUGUCUAGUUUACUCGACAGCUUACCCUUCAGAGUCUGAGCUCGAUGACCACUUACAGCGUCUAAUCUCCUCUCCAAAAGACGCUUUGAAUGAAAUGUCUAGCAUGGAUCUUGAAGCGGCAGAGCUUGUUCAUACUUCGUUGAGUGGCUACGCAACACUUCGAAGAUUUUAUAGCCUCAGAGAUCAAGAGGUCACAUCAUCACCAAGUUCUAAGCCACCAAUGGGCGUAAUCGCCAGAAGAUCAGAAGCAGCCAAUGCUUUACUAGCACUCAUAAUCAGUUCCGACGAUAACAUUCGUGGUGGCAUCUACGAUGAAGAUCGUAAAGCCGUUAUCCCCGUUCAUUACAUACUCGCACUCUUAGGCGAAGCCAUGCCUUUCGUUAAUCAACUCGAUUCCCUUCUCAGCACCUCCCAAAUCGACAUUCUCCUCCGCACAAUCGAAGAUAUCCAAGGAAUCGGCCCUCGCAUCUACUCCGUUUGCAACGCUUUUCUCGAAACAGUCAUCAAGAGCGGCUCGGGUCUCAAAGGUUCUAAUCCUAUGGAUUUACUAAGCAAAUCGAGUUCAGGUACGAGUGGAAGUUUCGCUAUGGUGGGUAGUUCGAUGAUGGCGUCACAAUUCCACAAAUCGGUUUCGGCGAGUGGAUUGUUGAACAAGGGGGAUAUUAAGAGGGGAUGGGAUUGGAGAAAUGGGAUUACAGCGGGUAUGACGGCGCAGGAUAUUUUGAGGGUAUUGAGGUUGGGGUUGGCGAAGGAUUUGGCGAGAGCUUGGUUGCAAGAGUCCGAUGAUAUCUUGUGA